AUGGACACGAGGAAGCUGAAUGCCGUCCUGCAGAGGGCGAGGGGCAAGCCAGGUCUCGACAAAACCCGCAAGAUGCUAAAAAAAUCAAUCAAGGGUCCCAAGAAGAGCAACAAGAACGACAUCUACAGUUUUUACCACGGCGACAACGACGAUAACGGAGGUGGUAGGGCGAAGAACAACAGCAACAGUGGCAAGAAGGGCUUUGAUCUCUUGGCUAGUAGCCGUGUGGUGGAUAAGCAGCUUAACAGGCAGCUCAAGGGAUGGCCCGCCGGACAUGUGCGGCAGAUUCUUCGUUGCCGUACCGGCCUCGCCACGAGAUUAUUAGGCAAUCAUGGCGCGACCCUCAACACGAUUGUGGCAAAUGCGGUGAAUUGUAUACCUCCCGCUAUUUCUGCCCCGAAGAAAAAGAGCCUGGCGAAGGUGGACGUGCUGAGAGAUGCCACGAGCAACUACCGCACCGUUACCGUUCGCGGAGUCCCGAAAAAUGUGUUCCACGCCGUUCGUCUCCUUUGCCAGGCUAUCGGCAACUCGGUGGUUGUGGGCGAAGUCGAGAAGCGCCCACCGGCCGCAUCUGCAGCAACGCCUCGGGUUCGUUUUGCUGUGGGCGGAGGCCACGGCGAUGGCGGUAGCGAUGGCGGUAGCGAUAGCGGCGAUGGCGGCGGCUUUGGCGUUAUGACGAAGACCCGCGCCCCUGCCAACCACAGAAACACCACCGCCGCCGCCUGGACCAUCACCGACACCACUACCACUAUCAACAACAACGCCGACAAUAACAACAACAUCACCAACAUUUGCGGGCACGACAUCAUAAGUAGCAACAUCGGCAAUGUUACCCUGACUGCAGCAGGCAUGACCAUGGAUACAUACCCCGCUCCUACCAAGCGUUCUAGCGUUGGCACCGGAAAUAACGACGUCGCGAACCCUUCUACUCCUUCCGUUGGCGGUGCUUGCGCUACAACCGAUCCUGCCACGGCUGGCGCCUCUGCUGCUCCAGCUCCAGCUGGUGCCGGUGGUGGUGAUUACGAGGCCGUAGCCGGAGCAGGGAAACAUGGCACCUUCUUUGAAGGUAAUGCCGUUCCUCCGAGAUCGACCCUUAGCAACAACCCAGGCACGCGGGACACGAUGGACAUGGUCGAACGGCUUCACGCGGCGGGUAGGGGAGGACAAGGAACCCACUGCCAGCCUCAUCAGCAGCACGCUGCGCCCCCCGCGGAGGCCGCUGCUCCUGCCAUUCCAGGCGUUGUCGAUAGAAACAACGAUUUCUCGGGUCGCCCGGGCUUUGCCACCGUUGGCGAUAGCUUCCCGGCUCAUUCGCAGUACCCCAUGGCUACCGCACCGCCUGCUGCUCAUCUCGCCGGCAUCCCCAACGUCGGCAAUGGUGUUGGCCACGCCAAUACGGCCCAUGCUGGGUACUUUCCCGCGUUCGAUGGCGGCGGUGCUGUUGGAGCUCCUGGCUUUGCUGAUUUGGGUAGGGUAGCGGCUCCCGGCGCUGUUGGUGUCGGUGGCAGCAUCGAUGGGAUUGGCGCAGGAGCUCCUCCCGGGUUUUCUCGUGGACGUUUAGGUUCCAUCAACGCUUUGCCAGUUCCGACGGAGGCUGAGCACUCCGACGCGUCGGCAAUGAGAUUCUCUACAUAUCGGCCCUCGGCUGUUGCCGACGUUGGCACCGAUAACGCAGCCGGUUCCAUUCCAACUAUGACGGGGCAUCCGAACAUGACCGCUGCUUCCGGGCUUGGGGCCUUAGAGGCUACCAGGGAUGGUAUUUAUUUGGCCGGUGGUGGUGGUGGCGGCGGCGGUGGUGGUGCCUUUCUUGCUACUGGUGUUAACGUUGGUGCUGGUGGUUACGAUUUUAUUCCGUCAUCCGCCGCUUUUGCUCGAGAUUUGGCACCCUCAGAUGCUGCUGCUCCUGCUGCUCCCGCAAGUGUCUACCAUCCGCCGUCUAUUCGCCCCCUAGCUGCUAAUCGUCUAGACAACGACGCGAGAUCGGCUACUGCUCCGGUUGGUUUUUCUAUCCCCGAUCAACCCGUCCUUGCCACGGCAGCGGAGGGAAACUAUGGACAAACCGCUUCAGGAAAAACGCUCCAAAAUAUCUCUGAACAACCAAGCCUGCACAACGGUCACAUUGCACCUGCCGGUGAAAAGGGGAUUGCUGCAGAGGUCGCCGGCUGGGGCGAAGCAGGAGGAACCGGAAAGUAUUAUGGGAACAACGACGGGGACAAUACAGGCGUUUCUUCUCCUCCCAGUUGGACUGACGACGACAACGGUAACGACGAUGGCGAUGGCGUCACGGACGGGGCUGGAGCCGGGGCCAAGGACGAGGCGGUUAUUGUUGCGGAACCCGAUCCUCAUGUGGAGGCGGUCUUGAAGGCCGCCAAGUGCGAGCGCAUUCUGCCCUUGCUCGUCGCGAGGCAGGUCGACCUGCGGAAGCUGGCGCUCAUGGAAUACGACGACUUCAAGGCGCUUGAGGAUGAAAACGAUGCCAGAACAAGGGUGGCUAGGGGUCCCCAGUUGAAAAUCAAGCAUUACUGCAAGCGGAAGAUGAAGGAGCUAGGGGUGGAGAUCGAGCUGGGGAAGGAGGGAGCCGUGGGUGACAAAAAUCGCGGCAAAAAGCGCGCUGGCCAUGAGGGCGAUUCCGAGGGGAAUUGCCACGUCUGCUGGGAGAAAGAGAUUCAAUCUAGCGAUUUUCUCGCAAUUGUUUUUGCUGUUCCAAGAACUUCGUUCCCUUCUAUCUGCUCAACUGAGAUGCACCGCCCCCUACUCUGUCGUGUUAUCUCCUACGCUCAAACGCAGAUCAUCUUUUGCCCUUGCGGUCACGAGGCUUGCUGCGUAGACUGCGGAAAAGCCCUCGAGGGGGGUCCAUGUCCUAUCUGCCGUGCACCGGUGAAGGAGGCCGCCCGCGCCUUCAAGGGCUGA